UUUUUUUUUUAUUUCAUUGUAGUCAAUCAUUUUGAUUAUUUGACUCAAUUUAUCAUUUUCCUAAAAUAUGCCAAAGAAAAUAUCACAAAAAUUCUCAAAGAAAGGUAAACAACCUCUUUUUAAUUCUUCUCAACAAAAAACUUCAGCACUUAAAAAAGUACAAAAUGAGAAAACGCCAAAAUCGACGAAUUAUAAAAAUACGAUGAAAUUAAAUAACACUAAUUCGUUAUUUGAAGAUAAAGUUAUAAGUUCAAAUUCGAAUGAUAAUGAAAAUGAAGAACUUAAAUUUAAUAAAGAUGAAUCAGGAGACAAAGACGAAGAUAUUAUAAUGCAAAAUGUUGAAUCAACAUCAUCGGAAGAGGAGGAUAGUUCAGAUAAUGAAAAUAUGAAAAAAAUAAAUUAUAGUGAAGAAUCGGAAGAAUCGGAAGAAGAGAAUUCAAAUGUAGAAAAUAUGGAUGAAAAAGAAUUGAGUGAUAAGACAGAUGAUGAGGAUGAUGAGAUGGAUGAAAUUGUAGAAGAUACAACAAAAAUUUCUUUAAAGAAAAAAACAAAAGAAAAAGAAGAAAUAAAAAGUCAAGAUAAAAAUACGAGCAAAGAAACUACAGAAGAAAAAGAUCUAAUUCCAACACCUUUAUUAGCACGUCCGCAAGCUGAAAAACAAUUUCGUGAUUUUUAUAUGAAUCAAAUUACUAAGGCAUUUGGUGAAGAUUUGGACAAAUUAAGAAAGAAGGAAGUAAAUCUUGGUUCAAAUAAAUUGGAAAUAUUGAUUGAUGCAUUAGAAUCAGGAAUAAGUAUAUUUUCAGAUGUAGAGAAAGAACUAGCUCUAUUAUCAUCAAAUAAAAAAUAAUUUAUUAUAAUCUAAUAAAUUUUGCUUGUAAAAAUCUUCUGUCCACGCGUAAUUCUUUAGCUCUAUUUAUAGUUUCUUUUUCAACAUAUUCACCAUUAAUCAUUUGAAAUAAACCAUCUUUUUCAAAUAAGUCUUUUAAAUAUUCAAUGGUAAAAAAAUAUGACAUAGUGCCAUCUUGUCUUACAUAAAGAUUUUCAUCAAGUUUAUGUGCGCCAUCACUAGAAAAUUUUAAUUGAGUUUCAUCAUAAAUUGCAUAAUCACGGAAACAAAUUAUAGAACCUUGUUUUUUACCUUUGAUAUAUUUCUUAUAAC